CUCUCGGACCAAACCGAAGACCGUUCCUCGAACGCCGUGCUCCACCCCUCUCUCUCUCUUAAAAACUCAAAAAGCCUACACGCGAUAGAGAGGAGAGAGAGCAAGCAAGCAAGAAAGGAGAGAGAGAGAGAGUGUGGCCCGGAGACCAGCACGAGCGCACGGCACGGCGAUGUCCGUGGCGCAAUCCUAGUCGUCCAUUUCGUAUUCGACGGCAAGCAAGCACCGCGUCCAGCUGCAGCCAUGGUGGCCGGCCGCGUCAAGGCGGCCAUGGGCUUCCAGCGGAGCCCGGCGACGCCUAGAUCCUCCUCUCACAAGGCGCCGUCGCUGGCGCUGGCUCAACCGCCGGGUUCAGCGGCGGCGGCGACGGCCGGGCAGCCGGAGACGCCGCGGCGGAGGUCGUCCGGCUCGCCGGCACCGGCCGGAUCGGGGUCCAAGGUGGGGCCCUUCGCGCGGUACUUCCCGCGCUCGUCCGCGCAGGUGCAGCCGGCGCGCGCGACGCCCGAGGUCGGGGAGCUCGUCCGCCUCGUCGAGGAGCUGCAGGAGAGGGAGUCGCGCCUCCGGACCGAGCUUCUGGAGCACAAGAUCCUCAAGGAGACCGUCGCCAUUGUGCCGUUCCUGGAGACCGAACUCGCCUCGAAAAGCAGCGAGCUCGGGCGGUGCAGGGACGCGCUGUCCCGUCUCGAGUCCGAGAACGCGCGGCUGCGCGCCGAGCUCGACGCCACCGUGUCGAGCGCGAGGAGCAAAGAGCAGAGGAUUCGUGAAAUGGAGACAGAAAUGGCGGAGAUGAGGAAGCGGCGGCGAGAAUUUGCGGCCGAUCCCGACGACUGCUUGUCGUCGUCGUCAUCGGACAACUCCGAGCGCUCCAAUGCGGCGAGCAACUCGGCCAAGCCAGCUAGUGUCGUGGCUCGCUUGCCUGUUCUCCCUCCACCACCUCCGCCGCCGCCGCCGCUAAUGCCUGCGCCUUACAAGUCCAGGUCCUAUUUCUCCGGCUCGUCGCGUGCCUCGCCGGCGAACUCUUCAUCUAGUUCUUCCUCGUCGGUGCCAUCAGCGCCGACAUACUCUUCUGACACCGCAGCGUCAAGAUGCCGCGCGCCACAGGAGCUCUCGAAGCUCCCGCCAAUUCCUGCACCGUCCCCGCCGCCGCCGCCGCCACCGCUACCACCUUCAAUGCCGACGUGCCGACUUCGCAGCGCGAGCUCGUCGCCAUCGACCUCAAGCAGAGGCAGCGGAGGCGCGGUGCCUCUGGCUCCACCUCCGCCCCCGCCACCUGCGGCGAGGAGGAGCACCAGAGCGUCCUCCCCAGCGACUUCACUAUCGACCCCGGCGUCCGGCCCAUGCGUGAGGCGAGUCCCCGAGGUGGUGGAGUUCUACCACUCGCUAAUGCGGAGGGACUCGAGGUCGAGAGAUGGAGGCGGCGGCGGUGAGGCGGGCCCCGGAGGGGGCGCCGCAGCGGCGAGGGACAUGAUCGGCGAGAUCGAGAACCGCUCGUCCCAUCUUCUCGCGAUCAAAUCGGACGUGGAGAGGCAGGGGGAUUUCAUCCGGUUCCUGAUCAAGGAAGUGCAUGGCGCGGCAUUCGUCGACAUCGAGGACGUGGUCACCUUCGUCAAGUGGCUCGACGUCGAGCUCUCACGCCUGGUGGACGAGAGGGCGGUGCUGAAGCACUUCGACUGGCCGGAGGGAAAGGCGGACGCGCUGCGCGAGGCCGCGUUCGGUUACCGCGACUUGAAGAAGGUUGAGUCCGAGGCGUCAUCGUUCUGUGAUGACCCCCGGCAGCCCUGCUCUUCUGCUCUCAAGAAGAUGCAGGCCCUCUUCGAGAAGUUGGAGCAUGGAGUGUACAGCCUUGUGCGUAUGCGAGAUGGCGCCAUGAGCAAGUACCGCGGGUAUCAGAUCCCAUGGGAGUGGAUGCAGGACACCGGAAUUGUUAGUCAGAUAAAACUCCAGUCAGUGAAGCUAGCAAGGAAGUAUCUGAGAAGGGUUUCCUCUGAGCUUGAGGCCAUACAAGGUGGCCCUGACGAAGAGGAGCUGAUGCUCCAAGGAGUCCGAUUCGCCUUCAGAGUACACCAGUUUGCAGGCGGGUUCGACGGCGACACGAUGCGAGCAUUUCAAGAUCUCAAGGAGAAGGCGUCGACGUUCCGGUCGCAACGGGAAAGCCAAAAUCAGCAUCUGCAACAGCAAAGGCUCGCUGGCAGAAGUUAAAACGCGUGUAUUUAUAGCAGCCCAUCACCAUAGGAUAGCUGAGAUGUUUAUUUGGCCAAAUGCUCGAUUUGUUAGCAAGGAACUAUUUCACAUUAUCAGUGUUCUUGAUUUCACAUGCUAUGGCGUGGAUGUGGUGUGUGCACGCGUUACCUACCUAUUUAUCUAUAUAUGUAUCUAUCAUUUUGUUA